AUGUCCGGUAGAGGUAAAGGUGGUAAAGGUCUAGGUAAAGGUGGUGCUAAGCGUCACAGAAAGAUUCUAAGAGAUAACAUUCAAGGUAUCACUAAGCCAGCUAUCAGAAGAUUGGCAAGAAGAGGUGGUGUCAAGCGUAUCUCUGGUUUGAUUUAUGAAGAGGUCAGAGCCGUUUUAAAAUCUUUCUUGGAAUCGGUGAUCAGAGACUCUGUUACUUACACUGAACACGCCAAGAGAAAGACGGUUACUUCUCUAGAUGUUGUUUACGCUUUGAAGAGACAAGGUAGAACCUUGUAUGGUUUCGGUGGUUAA